AUGGCAACACGUCGACGUGGUGUUGGAGUAGGUUUGGUACAGCAGAAGAAAGAUCUUCAGGCGAAAUUCCAAACGAAAGGUUCCGAACUAGCCAGUGAACAAUUAAAUCAAUUUUCUCAGGAACUUGCCAUAUUCCAAACGAAAUUAGAAGAAUUUGCUCAUAAACACCGCGAUGAAAUUCGUCGAAAUUCCCAGUUUCGACGACACUUUCAGGAUAUGUGUGCAUCAGUUGGGGUUGAUCCACUUGCCUCUAGUAAAGGUUUUUGGGCUGAGAAACUUGGUGUCGGUGAUUUUUAUUAUGAAUUGGCUGUUCAAAUUGUUGAAGUUUGUAUGUCAACCAAUCACAUGAAUGGUGGUGUUAUGACAAUAGAAGAACUAAGAAAUCGGCUUCUGCGUUCACGAGCACGAACACGACGUGAUGCUAUCACCACAGACGACAUUUUACGUGCUGUCGACAAGCUGAAAGUGCUUGGUAAUGGUUUUGAAUUGAUUCCGUUGGGAAGUGGACGAUUUUUAGUGCAAAGUGUGCCUGGUGAACUGAGUAUGGAUGACUCACGGGUUUUACAGUUGGCUGAAGAUGCUGCUUAUGUAACCAAAGAACUCAUAAUGGAUCGUCUACGCUGGGAUGAACGGCGUACCGAAAUAGUGCUGGAGCAUUUAGUGAAAGAAGGCAUUGCCUGGAUUGAUAAUCAAUCAACAGACACUGUGCAGUACUGGAUCCCAAGUCUUUUUCUUCAACAGUAUAGCCAUUCAAGCAGUUCAACCAGUGUAUCUGACAGUGUUGCAUCAACUCUUUAUUAACGAAUUCUUAAUUUAAAAAAAAAAUAUCCAGCUUAAUUAGGAACACCUACUUUGUAGAACUGUCUGCAUUGAACAUGUCACCACAUCUACAAAUUUUCAGAGUGAAGGACCACGAAAAUUCUCAACGGAGCGACCCCAAUUCUAUUACGUCCUAAUUACCAACUUUUCUGGAAUCCACUUAAAUCAUCGAAAAUUUUUAAAGAUUUUGAAGGUUUGACGAAAUAAAGAUUAAGCACUUUUGACUUAGAUUUAAGCAGGUUAGCGGUUUCCAAAUUAGAUAAUUA